GCCGCUGCCAUGUCGCUGCGAACGAUGCUGCUCUCCAUCCAAGCCCUCCUUGCUAGCCCGGAGCCGGAUGACCCCCAGGACGCAGUGGUGGCCAGUCAGUACAAAAGCAGCCGCGCCAUUUUCAACUUGACUGCCCGUCAUUGGGCCUCCGUGUAUGCAAACGGCCCAUCCAAGCAAAAGGAUUGUGAAGAGAAGGUGGAGAAGUUGAUUCAGUUAGGCUUCUCUGAGGUGAGUUUCUGA